AAAACAGUAUUGUCGCAAGUUAUUCGCAUUUGACGGACUCCCACUCAGUUUUCGUCCUCUAAAUUCACUCAGAAGGCAUUUGUCGGCCGGCCAUACACCAGGUGCCGCGCAGUGGGACUGAACCCAAAGCCGCACGGUUGCAAAGCGAGCUCCUUAACCAUACAGCCAUGUUGGCGUCGUCUUAACGCACGUACACACGGUCACGCAUUGUUUUCCCUACACUUCAUGUACGUUCAGUCACACGCUGUGCUUAGCUCUCUCUCUCACACACUCUCACUUACUGUAACCCUUCGCACACUACAUUUUCUCUAACCCACAUUAACCCCGCCCAUCAAACUCAACAAUAAAUCCAUCCCACUAUAUUAUCUGAUCGGAGGUAUUUAUAGAUAAUUAUACAUACAUGUAAUAUAUAUAUAUAUAUAUUGACGUGCUUACUGUCACGUUUCCUCGCUCAUAGUCAAGUUGUGCUACCAGUAUGUUUAUCAAUGCAACCCUCUGACAAGCAUUAACAGACUGUAUAUCUUCGCCUUAUACAACAAGGGUUAUAUUCCAGCUCUGCUAUAUUUUGAGUCCCUGUCGUUAAAUUUGUUCAUUCUGUCAUCAAGUUCAUCUGAUUGUCACAUACCGUCGGGCAAAAUGUUUCACAUAACACACAUCCACCUUGUAAGUGUAACAGGAAUUAGUGUAGGAAUAUUGUGGAAGAUAUUCUCCAGUUGGCAUGGACCUAGUGCCCGACCAAUCCUAAAUGCCCUCCAUUUAGGAUCCUUUUCCUUAAACUUUGGUACACAACACUGGGUCUCAUUCAUUGCAGGUCCUGUAAUGAUAAUGGUGCUCCCUCGCCACAAGUUUGGUGAGGUACAAAGCAAGCUGUUCCCCUGCUUUUUUGCACUUGGAACUGUAACUUCAUCAAUCACAUUAAUGACAUAUGUAUUGAAAAACCCAUAUGUAAGCUGGGAUACUCAGAAUAAAAUUCAGGUUGCCAUGCUCUCGUCUAAUCUGGUCUUUUCCCUGCUAAACUUCCUUGUGUUCGGCCCUCAGUCCUCAGAGGCUAUGUUUAAACGACAUAACUUGGAGCAGAAAGUUGGAGUGGGACAUGAAGUAGGCUUCAGUGUCGAUCGCUCAGAACUCAUGAAAAAUCCAAUCUAUGCUGCCAUCAAUAAAACUUUCAGCCGUUAUCAUAUGGCAAGCACAUUCUCAAACUUCCUCAUUAUGCUAGGUAAUUUUUCGCAUCUUUAUUCUCUGUCUUUCAGAGGCCUCUAAUUGAUUUCCAGCAUUCUUUCCCUCUCAACUUUAUAUAGUAAUUUGUCAUUCUUUUUUUUUUUUUUUUCAAGCUUUUGUAAUCAAAAAAUUUUUUGCAAAAAUAAAUGUUGAUUUAAACAUAA